AUGCACCCCGUGUUCUGGAAAGCACUUUGCGCCGUGCUUCUCCUCUGCGUCCUUGUGCAGCAGUUCGGUUCGCAGUCCAAGACACUGCUUCGCGACCAUGUCUUUGAGUCGUCACACGAUCCGUCAUACACGCCAAGUGAAGCGUACGAACCAAAGGAAUUCAACCAUCACAACGAAACAGGUCUGGAAACACCGCACUCAGAUGGCUGGAGCUACAACUGGGAACGAGACCGAGACAACCACGGACUCUCGGCAGAACAAUGCGACAUAGCAUUCCCAGAACUCUACUAUGAAAUAGAUAGGGCAGUUCACCAGUGGCAGGACAAGAAGAUCACGCCUUCAAUGCUUGACGUGCACAGCAUCAACGACGGUACUGUGCGGGUACUGCUCGUCGACCAACAAAUCCGCAUUCUGCAGACCAGAGGGAUGAAGAGGAAUGACUUUCGAGCACGCAUAACAUCUGUGCUCCACCAAGUUUUCCGUGCCAUCACCGCAGUGGAAGGUGUUGACCAACCUAUGCCCGACAUGGAAUUCACUGUUAUUGUGGACGACCAUGUAGUCUUUGCUGCUGAACCGCAACCCUUCUGGGGCUUUACGAGGAAGUUUUCCCAACCGCGACAUGACAACAUCUGGAUCAUGCCUGAUUUCCACUUCUGGGCGGUCAGUCUUCUCCGGGUGUCGGUGAAAUGUGAGAUGUGCUGACAGCUUUGCAGGCGCCUCCUGAGGCUGAUGCAUUCCGGAUUCAACAGUCGAAAUGCCGUCAACACGAUGCUCCGCUUGAGCGCAAAAUACCGAAGGUUGUCUGGCGAGGUGUCGAGUGGACGAAUCCUGAGGUGAGAAAGCCACUGAUUGAGGCUACGCAAGGCCAGCAGUGGGCAGAUGUCGUGGCUAUGCAUUGGGACAAAGGGGACGCCAUAAUGCCUAUGGAUGCGUUCUGCAAGUUCCGAUACAUGGUGAACACUGAGGGCCGGGCGUGGUCAGCACGCAUGACGCACCUCUUGAACUGUGACUCCCUCCUGUUCGUUCACGACGUGGAAUGGAUAGCGCACUACUACCACUUACUCGACACCGGAUCGAACUGCGUGCGAGUAGAAAGAGACUUCUCUGAUUUGGGCGAGAAGGUGCUCUACUUCAACGACCACACGGAAGAAGCACAAGCCGUCGCCGACGCACAGCGAAAGACCUUCCGGGAAAGAUAUACCACACCCGCUGCGAGCGCGUGCUACUGGCGGAAGAUGAUGCGAGCGUGGGCCGCGGCUUCGUUUGAGCCGACGACGAAGGUUGUCAUGAAGCAAAAGGAUAAAUUACAGUCAGCAGAGAGACUGAGGGGAAUAUCUUUGGAGGAGUUCCUGAACCACGAUAAUACGAGAGAUUAUGGGGAUGAUGAGAAAUUGAAUAUGCUGCACCACAAUGAGCAGGAGUGGGUUGAGAAGGGGAAGGAACACGAGGAUAAGCAUCCUUGA